UACGAGAAAUAAAAAUUUAUUCAAAAUCACUAUUAAAAAAAACGCAAUAUGGAAUCUGUUGCCGAUGAACAUAGCAAAUUUACGGUUCUAUUAAAUGGACAACGAGAUUUGGAUGAACAAUGGAAUGACUUCAUGCAACAGUGCAAUGCACAUGACAAGCACGCUCGCAAACGCUGUAAACGUCGUUAUUAUAAUUUGGCUUUAAUGGCAAAGCUGGCAUGCAAUACCACAGCCGAUGAAAUAAAAAAUCUAAUAAAAAAUGGUACAAGAACUUUUUUACUCGAUGCCGUGAGAAAUCGGGCAGAGGAACUUGAAAAGAUGGCAAAUUUGUUGAGAGCAACAGUGGAAGAAGUUCAAACUCAGGAUCCCAACGCCAUUUUGGCAGUGGGUUUAGCCAUUGAAAUAAAUGGUGAUUGUUGUCGCAUUGGUCGUUUGCGAAAUAAUUGCUCAAUAUUUGUAGAAAUUGCCAGCAAUAUAACAUUGACAAGUGACAGAUCCUACAAAUAUUCCGGGUUCAAGGAAAUUUGCCAUGUCAUUAAUCUGCAACACUAUUUGCCAAGUUUAAAAUUGAACGAUGAAAUCAAAAUUGGCAGCGAGGUUAGGGGACGUAUUACGAAAAUAUUGAAAAACUCCAUAUCCUUAAUGAUAGAUGAACCUGGCAUAAUCAAUUCCUAUGAUUACCUAGAACUUCCGCAACAAUGCAAGUUAUUAAAUUUACAAAAGGCAACAAAUGUGUUCUCACAAGAUCUUGAUUUGGCCGCAACAUUAAAUGCCGACUUUUUGGUAAUACCACAAAUACGUUGCAAAAGUGUAUUGAAAAUGUUACGCUAUCACAUAAAAGAACAUUUUAGAUUCCAAAUAAUUGGUAUAAUCGAUUUGGAAUAUGUGAAUCGCAAAAUGUUGGAUAUUUUAGCUCUAAUAAAGCUGCUUGACUUUCUUUGGCUCAGUAAUUUAUUUGAUUUAACACCGGAGAUCUACAACUAUAUUUGCCAGGAUGUAAUACCCGCUGCCAAAUGUUGGAAAAAGCCUUUGAUUGGAACAGUGCCCCUGAAAAGAUGCAGUGAUUUUCGUAUUUUCGAAAAUCAUGAUUUUCUAACAAAAAUCGAUUGUAUUUUCAUCGAGAAAAGUGAAUGGUGUAACAAAUACCCAUUGAUUGUAAAAAAGUUAUUGCCAAUUAAAGAUUAUCGACGAGGAGUUGCUCCAGCAUCAGCUGCAUUACGUGAACCCCUUUCUUCAUAUCAAUCGGCAGUCAAUUUUAUCAUACGAACAAUCAGCACAAUAGAAUGUCAAGCCAUAUUUCUUCGUACAAAAUGUGAAAAAGCUGCUGCAGCAUUGGGUUGCCUGGAAAUCUAUUGCCCUGUCUUUGUAAUCAUAGCCACACAAGAUAACGUUCUGAACAAUGAUGAAGAAAAAAUUGCCAAGAUUUUGAAUUUCAAGCGAAACUUGCGCCUGAUAAUUUACAAUAAGGCAAUGAAUUUUUGUGACUACACGCCCCUCGAUUAUGGCAUUGAAUACGCCCGUGGCUGUGGUGCCAUUGAAGUGGGUGAUUUCAUAAUUACAAUCGACAUGGAUACAUAUGGUGGCGAAGAUUCUGUUCAAUUGGGUGUUGAUGAGGAUGUUGUAAUCAUGCGUGCCUUUUAUGUACCUCCAAAGAGUGUGGGUGAAAAAUUAAUUUGUUAAUAAAAGAAAAAAAAACUUGAAAAUCUGUAAUACAAAUGUGCUGUUAAAAUGAUAAUAUAAACUGCGUUUUAGUUACUUAGAAAUCGAAAUGUCCAGCUUCAUUCAUCCGCAGGUUUGUUA